AUGAGAGCAGUUGUGCUUGCCCUGAGUCUGGCCUUCGUGGUUUCAGCUGGCCAGUCUCAACAUUUUGCCCCUGAUUUUGCUGCCGGUAAAACAUUUGUCUACAAGUAUGAAGCAUUGCUCCUGGGGGGUCUGCCAGAGGAAGGUUUGGCAAAAGCUGGACUCAAAGUCAGCAGCAAAGUUCUCAUCAACGCUGCGGCUGAAAACAAAUUCAUGCUGAAGCUUGUGGAACCUGAACUCUAUGAGUACAGUGGUGUUUGGCCCAAGGAUCCUUUAAUCCCAGCAACCAAGUUGACUUCAGCCCUGGCAGCUCAGCUUGUGACUCCCAUUAAGUUUGAAUAUGUCAGCGGUGCAGUAGGAAAAAUAUUCGCCCCUGAAGGAAUCUCAACAAUGGUGCUGAACAUCUAUAGAGGUAUCUUGAAUGUCCUUCAGCUCAACAUCAAGAAGACUCAAAAUGUGUACGAGUUGCAGGAGGCUGGAACUCAGGGAGUGUGCAAGACCCUCUAUGCCAUCAGUGAAGAUGAAAAGGCUGAACGUAUCCUCCUGACAAAGACCAGGGACAUGAACCAAUGUCAGGAAAAGAUCAUCAAGGAUAUGGGGUUGGCAUACACUGAGAAAUGUGCCAGGUGUCAGCAGGAUUCCAAAAACCUGAGAGGUGCAACUUCAUACAAUUACAUAUUGAAGCCAGUUGCAAGUGGCAUCAUGAUCCUGGAGGUAGCUGUGAAUGAGGUGAUCCAGUUCUCACCGUUUUCUGAGUUGAAUGGAGCUGCUCAGAUGGAAACCAGGCAAUCCUUGGUCUUCCUGGAGAUUCAGGGAGCCCCUAUUGUGCCCAUCGAGGCUCAAUAUAUUGAUCGAGGAUCUCUUAAGUACCAGUUCUCCUCUGAGCUUCUUCAGACACCUAUUCAGCUAAUCAAGAUCAAAAAUGCACAGGCCCAGAUUGCGGAGGUCCUGAAUCACCUGGUUAUCCACAAUAUGGAGAAAGUCCAUGAGGACGCUCCUCUGAAGUUUUUGGAAUUAGUUCAGCUCUUCCGUGCAACCCGCCUUGAAGACCUGGAGAUGAUCUGGAGCCAGUAUAAAAGGGGUCCUGCCCACAGACAGUGGAUUUUGGAUGCCAUUCCAGUAAUUGGAACUCCUGCUACUCUGAGAUUCAUCACAGAGAAAUUCUUGGCUGAUGACAUAACUGUUGCUGAAGCAGCUCAGGCUUUGAUUGCAUCUGUUCACAUGGUAACAGCAGAUAUAGAAGCCAUUAAGCUGGUUGAGAUCCUGGCAAUCAAGAGCAAAAUAUUAGAGAACCCAGUUCUGCGUGAGAUUGUUCUCCUUGGCUAUGGCACCAUGAUUUCCAAACACUGCUUUGAGUUGACUGUCUGCCCGGCUGAGCUCAUGAAGCCCAUCCAAGACCUUCUUGCAGAGGCUGUUGCCAAGGAUGAGACAGAGGACAUCAUUCUCCUUCUGAAGGUUUUGGGAAAUGCUGGACAACCUGCUAGCCUCAAGCCAAUCACAAAGAUCCUGCCAAUACAUGGUACUGCAGCUGCAGCUCUGCCAAUGAGAGUUCAUGCUAAAGCAAUCAUGGCCCUGAGGAACAUUGCAAAGAAGGAGCCCAGAAUGGUCCAGGAACUGGCCCUUCAGCUCUACAUGGACAAGGUUCUUCACCCAGAGCUUCGUAUGCUCGCAUGCAUUGUGAUGUUUGAGACAAGGCCUCCCAUGGGUUUGGUGACAACUGUUGCCAACAUUGUAAAGACAGAACACAAUUUGCAGGUGGCAAGCUUCACUUACUCUCACAUGAAGUCCCUGACCAAGAGCACAGCAGCAAUCCAUGCCUCAGUUGCUGCAGCUUGCAAUGUUGCCAUUAAAAUAUUGAGCCCAAGGCUGGACAGACUCAGCUUACGUUUCAGCAAAGCUAUCCAUGUGGACAUCUACAACAGUCCCUUGAUGCUUGGUGCUGCUGCCAGUGCUUUCUACAUCAAUGAUGCUGCCACAAUUCUUCCCAGAUCAGUUGUAGCUAAGGCCAGUGCCUACAUUGCUGGAGCUGCUGCUGACGUUCUGGAGGUUGGAGUGAGAACUGAGGGCCUACAGGAGGCCCUUCUAAAGAACCCUGCACUCAUUGACAAUGCUGACAGGAUCACCAAGAUGAAGCGUGUCAUUAAGGCUCUCUCUCACUGGAGGUCUCUGCCCACCAGCAAACCUCUGGCCUCUGUCUACAUCAAGUUCUUUGGACAAGAAAUUGCCUUUGCUAACAUUGACAAAGCCUUGGUUGACCAAGCAGUUGCGCUAGCUACUGGACCCUCCGUUCAGGCAUUUGGCAAAAAUGCUAUCAAGACUCUGCUGUCUGGUGCUUCCUUCCACUUCGCUAAGCCUCUGCUCGCUACUGAGAUGCGUCGCAUCCUGCCAACUGCUGCUGGUCUUCCUAUGGAGCUCAGUCUGUACACAGCAGCUGUGGCUGCGGCAGCUGUCAAAGUCCAAGCAACAACAAUACCUGCUCUGCCCGAAAACUUCCAUUUCGCUCAGCUCCUAAAGACAGACAUACAGCUUGAGACUGAGAUCAAACCAAGUGUUGCUGUAAACACAUUUGCUGUUAUGGGUGUAAACACUGCCAUACUCCAAGCUGCCUUGCUAUCAAGAGCUAAACUCAACUCCCUUGUGCCAGUUAAAGUUGCUGCAAGACUUGACAUCAACGAGGGACACUUUAAGAUUGAAGCUCUUCCUGUUUCUGUGCCUGAACACACUGCAGUUGUGCAUGUUGAGACUCUUGCUGUUGCAAGAAAUAUUGAGGAACCUGCUGCUGCAAGAAUCACUCCUAUCAUCCCUGCCAAAGUCUGGCAACCAAUCUCAAGAGAGAUUCUCACAUCUAAGAUUACUUCUUCUGCUGCUAGUGCGUCAGAAUCCUCAGAGAUGAUUCCCGAGGAUGUUGCCAAGCCCAUUAUGAAUCCCAGAGUGGCUCAGCUUAACAAGAAGUACUGUGGUAAAGCUGUGGGUGUUGGACUGAAGGCCUGUAUCAUGGUUGCCUACGAAAAUGCUGCCUUCAUCAGGGACAUUGCUCUGUACAAACUGGCAGGAAGGCAUUCUGUUGCCCUGUCUUUCAAACCAAUUGAAGGUGAAACCAUUGAGAGACUGGAGAUGGAGAUACAAGUCGGACCAAAGGCUGCAGAGAAGCUCAUUAAACAGAUAAAUCUAAGUGAAGAAGAAAUCCUUGAGGGAAGACCAAUUUUGAUGAAGCUAAAGAAAAUUCUGGCUCCUGGUCUGAGAAAUGGCUCCUCUUCCUCCUCUUCCUCCUCUUCCUCUAGUGCCAGAAACUCUCACACAAGCAGUUCCAGGUCAUCUUCUGCUCUUAGCAGCUUCUCAUCUAGUUCAAGCCGCGCGGCCAUUGAUGCUGCACCACACAGCAAACAUCGCAGCAGCAGCAGUAGAAACAGAAGCAGCAGCAGAAGUAGUAGCAGGAGCAGCAGUAGACUCAGCUCUUCAGAAUCUAUCAACAGAUCUUCCAGCUCUGCAUCAAGCCUAGCGUCCCUCUUCAGGGCUAGUUCAAGUUCUUCUCGUUCAAGUGCUCAUGUUGCGAAGAGAGUGAUUUAUGCACACAAGUUCCAAAAGAACCACAAGAAUCUGGCUCACUCCUCCCAGGCUGCCUCUGCACUGGUUUCCAGAAGCAGGAGCAGUGCCUCAAGCUUUGAGGCCAUCUACAAAAAGAAUAAAUUCCUGGGCAAUGAAGUUGCUCCUACCUUUGCCAUCAUCUUCCGUGCCAUUAGAGCUGACAACAAGCUGCAGGGAUACCAACUUGCUGCCUACUUGGACAAACCUACUGCCAGACUCCAGAUCAUUCUCGCUGCUUUAGCGGCUGACACCAACUGGAAGUUUUGUGCUGAUGGAGUUCUGCUUAGCAAGCACAAAGUCACAGCUAAAGUGGCCUGGGGAGUAGAAUGCAAGCAGUACAAUACCAUGAUCACUGCUGAAACUGGUCUUGUUGGUCCAAGCCCUGCAGCUCGUCUGAGAGUGGCCUGGAAUGAGCUACCACCUGCUCUUAAGAGAUACGCAAAGAUACUGUACAGCUACAUUCCAUAUGACUUGCUUAAUGGCUUGAUUCAAGGAAAGGAUGAAAACAGUGCCAAACAGCUCUCAUUCACUGUUGUUGCAACAUCUGAAAGGACCCUUGACCUCAUUUGGAAAACACCAACACGGACUGUCUAUAAGAUGGCUUUGCACCUUCCCGUCGCUCUGCCACUUGAAGAGAUCAACGGUCUCACCCCUUUUGAUAACAUUGCUGACAAAGUUAAUUACUUCUUUGCAAAGGCUGGAGCAGCUGAAUGUAGUUUAAUCGGAGACACGUUGACCACAUUCAACAACAAGAGAUACAAGAACCAGAUGCCCUUGUCUUGCUAUCAGAUUCUGGCACAGGAUUGCACAGAUGAGAUGAAAUUCAUGGUCCUCCUGAAGAAGGAUCACAUCGAACAGAACCACAUAAAUGUGAAAAUUGGUGACAUAGAUAUCGACCUGUACCCAAAGAACAGUGAUGUGAUCGUGAAGGUUAAUGGAAUGGAAAUACCCAUCAGCAACCUGCCAUACCAGCAUCCCACAGCCAAUAUCCAGAUCAGACCAAAGGGUGAUGGCAUCUCUAUGUACGCUUCUAGCCACGGUCUUCAUGAAGUCUACUUUGACAAUAACGCGUGGAAGAUUAAAAUUGUGGACUGGAUGAAGGGGAAGACAUGUGGACUGUGUGGAAAGGCUGAUGGGGAGAUCAGACAGGAGUUCCGCACACCCAGUGGACGCCUGACCAAGAACCCAGCCAUCUUUGCUCAUUCCUGGAUUCUGCCAGCUGAGAGCUGCAGGGACACCACUGAGUGCCGUAUGAAGCUUGAAUCUGUGCAGCUGGAGAAACAGGUACAGAUUCAUGGUCAGGAGUCCAGGUGCUACUCUGUUGAGCCUGUCCUUCGCUGUCUGCCUGGAUGCUUCCCUCUAAAAACCACCAGUGUCACUAUUGGCUUCCACUGUCUGCCUGCUGAUUCCAUCCAGAGUCGUCCUGAGAUUACAAGCAACAUUUAUGAAAACAGCGUGGACCUGAAAGAAACAGCAGAGGCUCACCUUGCCUGCAGCUGCACCGCUCAGUGUGCUUAAUAAGUGUUUGGUCAGACAUUUACAUGUGUAUAUGCCAUGUAUGUUAUUUUAAAUAAACUGCAU